AUGACUAGUGUCGAAGAUGACAAGGUUAAGGCUGAAGAAAAGGCUGUUAACUUUCCAGCUAUGAGUCAAUCUUUCUUUUCUGAUUCAGAAUCGGAUGCUACUGAUGAUAAUGUCUUCUCUGGAAAUGAAAAUAAUGAUGUUGGCCAUGAUGAUGUUAUUCAACAAGAUGAUACAAAUGAUUUGGAUUAUGAUAAGGAUUCAGUGACUCAUCCUCCUACUUCUAGAAUGAGACAAAAGAAGAACGUAACCAAAAGAGGAAGAUCAAAAAAGAAUACUAAUUCAGGGACAAUAGGUAGAUUGGCAGCAAAGGAUCAAAAUUUUUUAUAUAGUAACAGCAAUACCGACUUACCAGCUGACUUUCAACCUGAUGCUGUUUCCUCAAUGUUUAGGAGCCAUGAUUUCAGUUACUUGAAGUUAAGACCUGAUCACGCUUCAAGACCAAUUUGGAUUUCACCAAGUGACGGUAGAGUUAUUUUGGAAAGUUUUUCUCCUUUAGCAGAACAGGCUCAAGAUUUUUUGGUGACUAUUGCAGAACCGGUUAGUAGACCUUCACAUAUUCAUGAAUAUAGGAUCACUGCAUAUUCAUUAUACGCAGCUGUCUCUGUGGGUUUAGAAACAGAGGAUAUUGUUUCCGUCUUGGAUAGAUUAUCGAAAGUCCCAGUGGCUCCAUCUAUUAUUAACUUUAUCAAGAGUGCAACGGUCUCAUAUGGUAAAGUUAAGUUAGUUAUUAAACAUAAUAGAUAUUUCGUUGAAACAUCUCAAGCUGAAAUUUUACAAAUGUUACUUAAAGAUUCAGUUAUUGGUCCUCUAAGAAUUGACGCUGACCAAAACCAACAGAAUCAAGGAAUAAUACGAAAAGAUGGGGAAGUUUCUGCCAUAGAGAGAAAUGUAAACCCAGAUGAUGUAGAGUCUGUGUUCAGUGCAGUUGUAGGCGGUGAUAAUGAACUGGAAGAAGAAGAUGACGAUCUCGAUGCUGUUCAUGCUUUUGAAAUUGCAAAUCAAUCUGUUGAAUUGGUGAAAAAAAGAUGUCAAGAAAUUGAUUAUCCAGUUUUAGAAGAAUAUGAUUUCAGAAAUGAUAAUAGAAACCCUGAUCUGGAUAUAGAUUUAAAACCUUCUACUCAAAUUAGACCAUAUCAAGAAAAAUCGCUAAGUAAAAUGUUUGGUAAUGGUCGUGCAAGAAGUGGUAUUAUCGUUUUACCUUGUGGUGCUGGUAAAACUUUAGUCGGUAUUACUGCUGCAUGUACCAUUAAAAAAUCUGUUAUUGUUUUAUGUACGUCCUCUGUUAGUGUUAUGCAAUGGAGACAACAAUUUUUACAAUGGUGUACAUUGCAACCAGAAAAUUGUGCUGUUUUCACAUCUGAUAACAAAGAAAUGUUCCAAACUGAAUCUGGUUUGGUUGUUUCAACAUAUUCUAUGGUUGCCAACACAAGAAAUAGAUCCCACGAUUCUCAAAAAGUUAUGGAUUUCUUAACAGGUAGAGAAUGGGGUUUCAUUAUUUUAGAUGAAGUGCAUGUUGUUCCUGCAGCAAUGUUCCGUAGAGUUGUUACUGCAAUCGCAGCACAUGCAAAAUUGGGUUUAACAGCAACUCUAGUCAGAGAAGAUGACAAAAUCAGUGAUUUGAAUUUCUUGAUUGGACCAAAACUUUACGAAGCAAAUUGGAUGGAGCUAUCUCAGAAAGGUCAUAUUGCCAAUGUUCAAUGUGCAGAAGUUUGGUGUCCUAUGACAGCUGAAUUUUAUCAAGAAUAUCUUAGAGAGACUGCCAGAAAGAGAAUGCUACUAUAUAUCAUGAAUCCAACUAAAUUUCAAGCAUGUCAAUUUUUAAUUCAAUACCAUGAACGUAGAGGUGACAAAAUUAUCGUUUUUUCAGAUAACGUGUACGCCUUACAAGAAUAUGCAUUGAAAUUAGGUAAGCCAUUUAUUUAUGGUUCUACUCCACAACAAGAACGUAUGAAUAUCUUGCAAAAUUUCCAAUACAACGAUCAAAUUAAUACAAUUUUCUUAUCGAAAGUUGGUGACACCUCUAUUGAUUUACCAGAAGCUACUUGUCUGAUCCAGAUAUCAUCUCAUUAUGGUUCACGUCGUCAAGAAGCUCAACGUUUGGGUAGAAUUUUGAGGGCUAAGAGACGUAACGAUGAAGGUUUCAAUGCCUUUUUCUAUUCUCUUGUCUCAAAAGAUACUCAAGAAAUGUAUUACUCAACUAAAAGACAAGCCUUUUUAGUCGAUCAAGGUUAUGCAUUCAAAGUUAUCACACAUUUACAUGGUAUGGAGUUAUUACCAAAUUUAGCAUAUGCGCUUGCAAGAGAACGUAGGGAAUUAUUACAAGAGGUGUUAUUGAAGAAUGAAGAAGCAGCGGGUCUUGAAGUUGGUGAUGAUGCCGAUAAUACUAUUGGCCGUGGUGGACAUUCACAUAAAAAAGGUAAAUCUAGGAUUCAUAGAGGUGAAGGUUCUUUGGCUGGUUUAGCGGGAGGUGAAGAUAUGGCAUACAUGGAAUAUUCAACCAAUAAAAAUAAGGAAUUGAAGGAACAUCAUCCAUUGAUUCGUAAAAUGUAUUAUAAGAACUUAAAGAAAUAA